AUGGAGCCCAUGUGGGAGUUCUCCGCAGCAUUCGCGACAGCAGAUACGGAAGAUAUGGGCAACGACGAGCUACCGCUGCUCAAAUGGCUUUCGAUAAUGCUCCCGACAGAAAAGGAUUUCAUCACACUGGAAAAUGCGCUUCGUCGCUCACACUUCAUGGCGGCAGGCUAUGAAUGUCGUGUAUUUGAUGGGAGAACGUAUAGCACCAUUGGGCAGGGCGGCCGCGAAGGAUGGCCGUCGAUGCCAAUUGCAAAGCGCUUUGCCUCUUCAGCGUCAAGGAAAUCAGAGACAUGCAUGACUGAGCGACGUGCAGUAACAAGCAAAGAUUCCGCGGGACUGAAGAAGAAUAACCCACCGGCAGAAACAGCAAACGCCGAUCAUGACGAUGCUGGGGAGGAGAAAAUGUCAUGUGUAGGUUUUGUUCAAAUUUUGCUGCGCCGCACAGCGCUCGUCUUGCUGCUUGUCGAUCGUGUCGUUUGUCUUUAUCCCGGCGUGGGGCCAGCUGAUGGCGACGAGAGCCCUGCAGCUGCUGCAAAUUUGUUCCUUUCUGCGUUUGCGGUGUUGUUCCCGAGGCCGCAGCUAGAUCAACACGGCGGCGCUAGUGCUCCUUUGUUGCUGCUGAGGGCCGCUAUUCGUGUUGUAUGUCUUCUGCGAAACAUAUCCGCUGCUGUGCGUGUGUCGUGGCGCAGCGGCCACGGGGGUGACAGUUCUGCACUCCUGAUGCUGCUAUCGCCCAUGUGUGGGGAGAUCGUCGUGCAAAUCAUGAUGCAGUGCUCCAGAGAGGUGUGGAGUGCUGUCCGUGUGCUGAUUUUGCCUCUUCCGGCAGGGACAGGGAUCGGAUUCGCGGCGCAGGUUCUGCUCGCCGUGUUGCGUGUGCUGAACACGAUAGAGCACGUUCCACUCAUCCUUUCGCUUGUAUACAGGAAGCUCUGCAAGUACCUCCCGCAGCAAUUCUGUGUUGCUGGAGAAGAAGAAAUGGCACCACAAAUAUCUGAGCUUCAUAUUUCCGCGCAGCUCUACUACACAGCACUUUAUCGCCUUGCAAAGGAAGAGUACGGCCCUGAACUGUGCAUUGGCGAGGGGGACGAGGGUUUCUCCUCACUGCUUGCAUGGUUCCGAGUUUCUGUUUCUGAGACGGUGCCUUCUCCUGCACUUGGCACGUGGGUGAGUGGUGGCCGCGAAGAGAACCGGGUGCUUGAAUGGGCGUGGGGGGAAUUCGUCGCGGCCAGCAGCGAGAAGGCCGUGGAAACAGCAGCGAGGAAGUUGCAGUUGGUGGAGCAACUACCGUCACACCAUCCACUGCGUCGUUUGGAGUCUCUGUGGAUUGAAAACGCACCGGAUAUGCUCACAGCGUACGUUGCGUUGGGCGGCAGCGGAGUGUCAUUCGAAACGAUGGACGUACUUGCUGGACAAUUUGAUGCAAUGCGGCAAGGGUUGCUGCGGUUGGUGGAGGAACUUAGAGUGGCAAGGCAGCAGAUGCAUCAGACCGCCACAAGAAGCCCGGUGGCGCGUGCUGUGGGCGCCCACCUCCCGCAGACUCCGCUGCCGGUGCUGCGCUGCACGGAGACUGUCUCGCCCACGUGUGCGCUGAGACUCGAUGCGUCAGUUCAAGUGCCACUGGAAACACCCACUGCUGUUGCACUACAAGAGGAAUGGCGACCGCGCUCUGGGAAGGAAACCAUUGAAGCCGCAGUACAGACAGUGCGCACUUCCGCACGGGAUGAGGAGUUGCUACGCGCAAACCUUCGUCUGCAAACACGUGUGUGCUAUCUUGAGCAGGUGUGUAGUGUCCAGCAACGAGAUGAACAGACAGAUUAUCUUCCUUUUUCAGACACCCCAGCGACCACCGACGUUGUUGUACCGUUUCUAUACCUCAAGUCGUACAGUUCGCAUCUCGAGCACGUGGCCGCGCUGGAGUGGGAGUCUACUGAGCUGAAGAAACUGGUAGAAGCCUAA